AUGGCGUAUGCUGUGCAUAUAAUCUUGGACGACCUUGAUGUAGAACACUGGUUAAUGUACGGCUCUGUGUUUGGAGCUCUCCGCGCGAAAGGGCCUUUACCGUGGGACGACGACGUCGAUAUUGGAAUCAAUGGAUCAGGGGCUUUUGCUUUGAUGUCUUUCGACGAAUUUACCAAACCCUUUGAAGCGAGAGGUCUUAAAGUUUGUCACAAACGUUGGAUCACAAGUAAUGUGAUUAAAGUUUAUAGCGACUUGUGGCCUCGACUCAAGAUCGAUGUGACUGCCUUUUAUGAUUAUGAUGGGCGAAUGAAACGCGCUGGGCUGGAAACGUGGAUUUUGGCCUUGAAUUAUAACCGUUUUCACACAUUUCCUACUCGUUUAUUGAAGAAACCUCUGCCGCGAAUGCCUUUUGGUAACUAUACUUUGCCAGUUCCACGAGAGGGUAUUGAAAUUCAAAAGUAUCUUUACCCUGAUGACUGGUGGAUCGAGGUAAAACCUGUCACUUGUCUCAAGAAAAAGCCGGUCGCUUAA